UUUACACAGCGCUUCCUGUUUCAAGCACAUAUUUUCAACUUGGCCCGACCCUCUGAACUGUUCAACCCACCCAUCCUUUCCUCAUCAACACUGUGCUUGUGUUGCUUUUGGUGUCACAGGGGUUUGGAAUAAUUGACCAUGAAUUUGUUCUGCAAAUGGAGGAUGCUACUUAUUAACCUGUUCAUACAGAUAUGCUUCAUGCCUGAAAUACAUUGCAACGCUGGAACUGUCAGUCAUCUGUCUAAAGAAGAAAUGUUGGUCUUCAAGGAUGAGGAAAAUCCAAAGUGCUUCACUCGCACAGAAGAGGAUUUCACCUGCUUCUUUGAGACCACGGAGAACAGAACGCAUGAUUUUUACUAUAAAUAUGAAAACCAGCUUCAAAAGAAGUGUGAAAUGUCUGUACAGAGAACAGAAGAAGGAACUUUCCUGCACAUGUGUUAUUUUCCCAACCAGGAUGUUACACUAUACUCAGAACUAAACGUUACAGUGUUGGAACCUUCCAACAACACCAUGCUCUUCAGCCGGAUUCUCAGUGUGGAGGACCAUAAUCUUUUGGAUCCUCCCUUCAAUGUGUCUUUAAACCCGAAAGACAACGUGGGACUACUGUGGGUUUCCUGGCACACCAAAUCCAUGGAUUACUUUGAAGAAAAACAAUAUAGAAUUCGAUACUCAUCUGGGUCUCUUCACGACAAAAUAGAAAAGACAAAGAAGAAUGGCCAUGAGCUCAUCCUGGCACCGGGCGAAGAGGUUAAAGUCCAGGUUGCUGUCAGAUGUUGCAAUUCAGAAGGAGGGCACUGGAGUGUCUGGUCACAACCUGUCCAAGCUUCUGUUCCCCAAAGCACAGAUGAUAUCUCACUGAUGUGCCACACAUCUGAUCUUUACAAUGUUACCUGCCACUGGAAUGGGCACCAAUAUGGAGCCGAAAAUAAGUUCAAACUUUACUACAAAAUGAGAAAAUCUUUAAAUUGGACUGAAUGGAUCGAGUGUUUGGAUACUGGGAACGCCUCUGACAUGUGCUAUUUUCAUGGUGAUGAGCUCAGAAAAUUCAAGGUCAAGCUCAACAAUACCCGAACUGAAAGAAUCUUCUUUUCCAAAGAGUUAAUGCUCAAAGACUUGAUCAAAACCUUUGCACCAGGUAAUCUGAGAGGAAUGCUGAGGCAAGACAAGCUGUGCUUGGAAUGGGAAUCCCCUCUUCCAUCUCUGUCAACCCAUCUGCAGUAUGAAGUUGGCAUUCAGAUCACAGGAGGUGAACGCUGGAGUAUAAUCAAGGGACCUGAGACUGAUACAUGUAUACAGAUUCCACUGGGUAGCCAGUUCAGCAUUAAAAUCAGAGCUAAACCUACUGGAAACGUUUACUCAGGCAACUGGAGUGACUGGUCAGAUGUGCUCAAGGGUGAGACCCCACCUGACAUAGGCAUGCUGACUACAUGCAGUAUCCUUGUUCCCAUGGUAAUGAUCGUCAUUGUUCUCAUUUACAUCUUUCGCCUUAAACGCAGAAGAAUCAAGCAGUAUUUUUGGCCACCUUUGCCAAACCUUGAAAAAGUUCUACAAGGUUUUCUGACAGACAUCGACAGGCAGAAAUGGGAUCCCCCUUUUACUGCAAAGCAAUGCUUUGAAGAAACCACUUCCUCUGUGUUGGAGAUCAUGUCUGAAAGUGAGGUUCCAGGAUCAGGGAAAACAUCAGAGCAAUCAUUUGAACUCCUGCCAUCUGAUGGAAGUGUCUCCAGUGAAGAGCAUGUGGAUGGAAACUCUGGGACUGAAGUCUUCCCAGAUUAUGUGACUCUGAAUAGAGAAAUUGUCAUGCUUUGUCUUGAAGAAAAUAGUUAUGUGUGCGAGUUGGUAAGAGAGAAAGAUCCUGAGGUACGAGAUGAGCUCCUCCAGACAUGCAACUGUUCCUUCACUGAUGCAGCAUCUUAUGUCAAGCCUUGCUCAGACAACAACUUUACCAACCAUUGCUACUUACUAAUGUCAGAGUCUAAAGACAACUACGAGACUAAUGGGGGACAGAUUGCAGAUAACCUGUAUACCAACCUUCCCCAUAGCUAAAAACACGAUAAAGCCGGCACACGUUAUCUCCACUGGUGCAGCUUCGGUGUGUUUUUGUACUGGCCAAAGAACUUACUGCAGAACAGUUGCAGCAACAUAAACUCUAAUAAAGAGGAAAAGGUCAAUGUGGAGCAGCACAAACAUCUUUGCAUUAACGUUGGGUUUCAGCAAAGAAGGUUGGGACUGAUUUGCUGUGUGACAGAUGUCGCUUCCAACAGCAUGUUUUUAUUUUCAUAUUAUAUAUGUAUUACUGUUGUUUUUUUCAUUGUACUGUAUAAAGGACUUCCAUUAUAACAGCUCACAAUUUAUCCAUAGUGCUUCACAAUUUGUAUCUGCCUGGUGCAACAGCAGCUCAUGUGAUCUUUGUAAGACUGCAAAUCUGAUAAAGUGAAGUUGUGUUAAUCCACAGAGACGUUUCUGUGUACUUUUCACUUAUCUAUUUGUUUUUUGCGGUAGUGCUUGUUUUUCAGCAGUUAUUGUGAACACAGUACAUGAAUUGAGGUGAACCAGAACACAACUUGCAUGCUUGUUGUGUGAUUCAUUGAUUAAAACACCAACUCU